AAGUGUCUGCUUAUACUAAUACAUAUGUCACUCAUAAUGCAAAGCACUAUCUAAUAAGGAGUGGGGAUAAGUCUAUACUACUAGCCAGGCCAGGUAGGGAUAUAAUGAUAGCCAGUCCAUAUAGAUAUAGAUAGCGGGGUUGCUAUCGCGUGCUACCGUACAGACGGGAUCCCUCAUCGCGAAGAACCGAACUCGGAUCUAACUAUUCCUCUAUUCUUUUUUUUUUCUUUUUCUUUUCUGUUAUAUUUUCCUCUCUCUCUCUCUCUCUCUUGAUUCGAUUCACCCUUCCCUCCAAAACAACAAGAAUCAAGAAGGGGGAAAUAAAGGAAAACAAAAUGCCACAAAUCACCCCCACCUCGAAAAUCGUCAUCGUCGGCUCCGGCGUCUUCGGCAUCUCCACUGCCCUCUGGCUCGCCCGCGCCGGGUACACGGACGUCUCCGUGCUCGACAUGCAGGACACCGCCGCCGCCGGGUACGACCCGCUCUCCGGCAUCGACUCCGCGUCUGCGGAUCUGAAUAAGAUUGUGCGGUUUAGCUACGGCGCGGAGAUCGAGUACCAGCGGCUCGCGACGGAGGCGGCGGGGUUGUGGGGGGAGUGGAAUCGGGAGGUUGAGGGGGCGGAGGAGGGGGGGGGAGGGGAGGGGAGGUUGUGGUGGAACACGGGGUUCCUGCGCAUGAGUGCUAGCGGGGAGCUGGGCGCGUUCGAGAUCGAGACGUUGCGGAAUAUGGAGAAGGAGGGGAUCAGGGAGUUUCAGUUCGUCUGCGACGAUGACGCAGACAUCGCCCGCGCCAAAGAAAGGGGCUGGGCGCACAAGCUCGACCCGUGCCGACGACAGGAGCGGUUCGGGUCGCACAAGGCCGUGCUCGAUUCCACGGCCGGCUUCGUCUACGCGUAUAAGAGCUGUGCGUGGGCGCAGCAUCUUGCGAGGAGGGAGGGGGUGAAGAUGGUGCUGGAUCCGGUGCGUGGGAAGGUGGUGGAUAUUGCGUCUGGUGGGGAUGGUCGGCCGGUGGUGGCUACGGCGGAUGGGCAGGAGCAUGUCGCUGAUUUGGUUGUUGUUGCUGGAGGCGGGUGGACGCCGUCACUGAUCCCGGAGGUCCAGGAUCUACUCGAAACAACGGCGGGCUCGGUGGCCACAGUCCAGAUCCCCAGGGACCGCGCCGACCUGUGGGAACGGUUCGCGCCGGAAAACCAUCCGGUGAUUUCAUGGGGAUCGCGGGAGGGUAAGGAAGUGUAUAGUCUGCCGCGAGAUGAGAAUGGUGUUUUCAAGAUUGGGUGGCGGAAGACUAAAUGGACCAACUUCCAAGAUGUUCGCGGAAACCGCAUAUCAGUUCCCAAGACGGCACACGUAACAGAAGAGAAGGAGACGCGGAUCCCGCUUGAAGCUCUCAACGGGAUAAAAGAGUACAUCGCCCUCAACUUCCCCGAACUCACCCCCCUCGGCAUCUCCUCCACGCGCCUCUGCUGGUACACCGACAGCAUCGACAACUCCUUCGUCGUGGACUUCGUCCCCGGGCGCCCCGGCGUAGCCGUGUGCUCCGGCGGCAGCGGGUACGGGUUUAAGUUUUUGCCUGUGCUAGGGAGAGAGGUUGUGAAGAUAUUGGAGGGGAAGGGGGCGGAGACGGUUUAUGGGAGGAUGUGGAGGUGGAGGGGUGGUGGUGAGGAUGCUGGGGGUGAGGAUGGGGAUGGGGAUGGGGAGAGUGGUAUUGAUGGGAGGAGAAAUGGCUUGGAGGAAGGGGAACAGGGGCCGAGGGUGUUGGCGAAGCAGAAGAUGGCUGAGGUGGAGGAUUGGAAGUUUACGUGAAGCAAAAGUUCUUACACAGCAUCUAGGUAGAUAUCCUGCGGUUGGUGAUUUACUUUAAGGGACUAUAGAUCGUACCUACAUACCGCGGUCAUUCGUAUCCGUACGCAAUGCCACGCUACGUGUCGACAAUGUCUCCCUAUUGUCUAGCCCCUCGCAUAAAAAGUUGAUGAUAUGCGGAGGUAUGUUUUCCAUCAUCUCAGAUUCUUCAGACAGAAUUUCAAAAGAAUCGCUGUUUGUUCUACUGCGACGAAAUACCUAUAUCACUCGACCCCUGGCAACCGGCGAAUUGGCACUACUAGGCCUAGGCACUACAACCUCGAGUAUCUCUCCUAUCAUU